AUGCAGAGCGAAGAUUCCACAACAACAACAGAUGAACUAGACAACAUGCAUUACGGAGCUCAAUCUCAAGGAAGCGGAGUUCUUGAUCCGUCCUCUAUUGAAGAAGGAGAAUUCGAAGCAGCAAUGGCUGGCGAUCAUGAUGCACAUGGAUUGAAACGACCGACGGAAAGCGACGACGACGGUGACGCUGAUUCUAACAUGUUGGUGGAGGAAAGACCUAAGAAAAAGACCCGAGGACGUGUUAAAAUCGAAAUGAAGUUUAUUGCCAACAAGUUGAGGAGGUACACGACGUUUAGCAAAAGAAAAACAGGGAUUAUGAAAAAGGUUCGUGCACACCUCUCGCAACUGGUAUGCGAAUUAAAUAUUUCGUUAGUAAAUUUUAAUGUUAAAAGAAUGCUUUCUUGUAAAAUUUACCCUAUUAUUUUAUUUUAUUUUUUAUUUUAAAGGCCUACGAACUAAGCACCCUGACCGGAACGCAGGUGAUGCUGUUGGUAGCUUCCGAAACAGGGCAUGUUUACACCUUCGCCACAAGAAAACUUCAACCCAUGAUUACUUCAGAGAGCGGCAAAGCUCUCAUUCAAACGUGCUUGAACUCUCCCGAUCCUCCUGUUUCUCAGAUUCCGAACCCAGACCAAAGGAUGUCAGCGACGGGAUACGAAGAAACAGAUCUAACUUACACCGUGAACGAAAAUGACGCCGAGAAGAUGCAGGUAAGGUUUAUAGUUUGAAGUAGACCGAUCUUUUGAAUAGUCUUUAUUUUUCAUUCAUCGAAUUAUGCAUACACAAGAGAACACAAAAUGACACAGAGAGUAUGACUGAAAAUUUUGCUAUUUUUGUAUAAAAUUUUUGGAGAAUUUUCUUCAAUGUUUUUUUUUCCUCUCCAUGACCUGGCAGAUCCAAACAUAAGACAAAUCUAUUUCAUCUCGCUCUCAAAGUACGGCAAAGAAAAAUUGCUAGUAGGAUAUUUUCUUUGUAGGAGCAUUUUUUGAGCGAUUCGAAGCCAUCAGCCUUGUGUUUUUGCGCAAAGCUUACAUUUACCUUGCAUUUUACCGUGUUUAUAUACAGCUCUCGCGGCAAAAUGUUCGCGUAAAGUUUUCAAACUCCGCGUCCUUUAAAACAUUCCAACCAUAUAUGGCACCCGUUUCCUUCUUUGGUACGUUUCCUGCCCAUUUUUGGAGACCAAAGUAAACCCUCUCGUUCGCCUUGUUUGGGGAAUCCUCUUUCAGUCGCAAAUACUUGCAUUUCAUAAUGUGAUCACAAUAAUUUAGGUGGAAUUAAUUUCCAAGACUCAGCGGUGAAAGUUUUCGUUUUUAAUUUCGCUCGAGCGUUGUAAUUUGAUAUUCUCAUUAUAUGGAUAAUUUUCGGACAAGCUAGAUUCCCACGCUCGUCAUCGUAUCGUCGAAUUCAGAAUUCUCUCAACAAAACGUAUCAUCGACUUUAUUGUUGAAAUCUCUAGUAUACUGUGCACUUCUUAAGCUGAAAUUCUUUAUAAAUCUCAUACCGCGCUGACGUAUUUUUAUAUUGUGUCUGAAUAAUUUCUGCGACAUAUUGUAAACCCUAUUUGACGCCGUUCUAUGCAAGUUUACAAUAUCUGUGCCUCUUAGAGAGAAGAAUUAGGAGUUUAAAUUUUGCAUUGAAAAUUUUCAAUUACUACAAUCAUCUUUAUGUCUUCUCUUUGUUCGAUAGUAAUUUUCCAUUGCAUUAACAGGUUACUGACAACAUACCUGUCGCAAAACGUUGCAGAUAUUGUGGUUGAAUUUUUAAAACAAAAAUUACCAUGUAGGGGAAUACAAACCAGGAACUGAUGGAUAAUAGAAAAACAAUAUCAUGAAUAAACAAAUGGAUUUAAAUUUGUUUUUUAGUAAAAUUAAAACCUCUUAUCAUAAUAUUUAAGUGGGGCAUUUGCUAGUUUUAUCAAAAUAUUUAGGUAUGGUGUUUGGUAAUUUUAGAAUUUCAAGUCCGAUUCUAUUUUAGUGUUCUCAUUUAGUAGAGGAUUUAUCUUUGACUAUGUAUCACUGACAUUUUUAUUAAGUUAUUGAUCGACUGACUGAUGAUGAUUUUUCAUAGAUAAAUUAAUGAAAAAAGUAUGUUAACUGUACAUAAGGUUGGCUUCAAUUUUAUUGCAUUAUCUUGUAAUGAAUAUAUUAUUUAAGUAUCUUCCCAAGUUUGCAGGUUUUUCUUUUCAGUAUGUAUAAAAUUGUAGGGUGGAAGAAACAAGUUUUCUUCAUUCAUACCCAUGAAUUUUAUGUCUUUUCUCACAAGAAAAUCUCUUAAUUUUCCUAGGAUAGAGGUGGCAUUUUCACAUCCCAACAAAUAGACACUAAUCAGGGACUGACAGUGGGUUCGUUAUCAGGGGCAAGUGGAUCCAUGACAGGUAUUACAGCAUUGCCGGCAACAGGACAUUCCUUCCCCAUCACAACCUACAUCCCACAAUCUAACAUCCAACAGCAAGGUGGUAACAAGAACACGUCCAUUCAGUCUUCAUAUUCUGUGCAAGCUAUGCCUGGAGGAGCUUUUACCACCAUAUUUGCUCCAGGGACUUCAGUCCAGUUGGGGCAAACACUUGCACAAGGACAGCAGCAAGGGUCUACAGUACAGGUAUGCAAUUGACACAAGUUUGUUCCUUUAUUUUGCUGAGAAAUUAUCCAUUAUUACCUGCUUUAUUAAUAUUUGCACUAUUUUUAUUCAGGAAAAAUUGCAAUAUACAUUUUGCAGGUGAAGUAAAUGGGAUUCACCUUGCCAGCAAAUUAAGCAUAGUUUUCAAUGAGAAUCAAGAACUGGCAAACUUAGAUGCUAUUGUUAAUUCACUUCAAUGUGUUACUGUUUUCUCUUCACUGAAAAUGGGAACUUAAAGAAUCAAUUAGAACAACCAUAAACUGCCUAUUUUAAAUUGAGAUUUUGUCAGUUAAUUGUUUUAAAGAUUAGAUUAACAAUCACAUCUUUCAUGUAUCACAUACUACUAUACUGCAUUUCUGAAUUCCUCUUCUCUGGCUCUCUAAUCACCCUUUAUUAGUCAUACAAUCAUUUGCAAACAAGUAGCUGAACAUUGUUAAGAUUGAGGCAAAUCUAUUGUCAGAAACUGCUGUAUGAUUUGAGAAUUAAACUGCAUUUGAUUAUUACCAGACUGUAACAAAUAAUUAUGUUUAUCUGCCCACCAAAAUCACUGGAUUGAAAAUAAUUAUGCAAGAAUGGUCUCGUGGAAGAUAAGGUUGAGUUCCAUUUAACAAAAGUCAACAUCAAGUUAGUCAUGUUAUGACAGUUUUGGUCAAAAUAUUUGUUGUUUUUUGAAUGUCAGUACAUUAAUCAUAAGGCAAUAAAGUAUGCAGAAUGCUUUGUCAUCUUACUCCUUAUUCGGAGGUUAAUAAUUGGGCACAGUGGGACAGUUUGGUGUUUGGAAUCUUAAGAGUUUAACAUUUGUUUGUUUCAUUCACUCUAAAUUUUUGUGGUUUGUUCAAAGUAAAGUUCCCUUUUUUGGGUGGCCAACAAAAUGAUGUUUCCUACUGAGGGAAAAAGCUUACCAUUUUCCAUCAUCAGAUCAUGGUAUCAGAGUAGGAAUCUCUAAACAUAUGUCUGCAGUUUCUCUCUCACUGAAAUGUGAACAUGGAUUUCAAAGGAGGUUACAAAAUACCAAACCUCUUUCAAGCUCAGGGUGACUUUGUUUUCAAAUGUUAUAAUUUUUUGUACACAUGCUGUGUAUGUUUAGUUUGAGUUAAGGGAUUGUUAAAGCAGCAAAUUGUUAAAUAAACCUGGUCAUAGAUUUAUUGAAACUGAACUUGAAGUUGACAAAGAGUCAUAUGGAUUGGUUAUGAAUCCUAAAUAUAAUUAACUGUUUAACUCCCAAGAUCUCAUUAUUAAACCCCCUUACUAUCUCCCAUACAGUUCUUGUGAUGUUAGUUUGGAGAAUUUGGUAUUGGAUCAUCUUAUAAUCCUCAAACUGAUAUUUUUCUUCAUUCUCAUCACUUGUUGGCUUGAUAUCGCAUUGAUAUUGUAAGGAGAAAUUCUGUCCUGGUCACUCAUGGGAGUUUAAAGGGUUAAGAGCAUUUCUUAAUUAGCAUAAUAAAAAUGAUUGAAUGGUUUGUUACUUAUAUCAAUUAACAAAUUAGAUUUAAUAUCAUAACACAUGUCAUAAAUUGUUAGUAUGAAGGGUAAUACUGAUAUUUUCAGUAACACAGCAUCUUGUAAUGUUGUUAACCAAUACAUAGUUUGGUUUGUUUUGGCAGUUACUUCAGUUUUGUAUGUUCAUGUGUGUAGAACUUUUGCUAUCCACAUGCUAGCUAUAUACUCCUACUUUUUUCAUUCACACAGAAAGAAAGGAUUUGUGUCCUAUGUUGUACUCCAGGAAAAGUGCACUUAAGACUUUUAUCAUAAUUUACUUGAGAGAGUUGAAAACAGGCUGAGUUAAUUUAUUGAUAGCAGGAUGCACUCUGCUAGUAGUUUUUAAGGCCCACUGAGGAUAAGCUAUUAAUUGUUUCUUCAGUCUCUGCAAAGUAUAAAGUGGGCCAGCCAUAAAUCUAGGCAAAAGUAAAAAAAAGGAAGUUUCCGUAUCUUAUAGUUCACACCAAGAAAACAAGGCUAGUAGGAUAUUUAUUUUAUCUCUGGGUUCAAGUAGAAUGGGAAUAUUUCUGGUCAAACAAACUAAUCAAUUUAGCAUGCCACAAAGUGAAAUAGAGUCUGCCGAAUUUACCAAUCAUAGUGCAUGUACCAAUUUAGGGGUUUGACAAGUAAUUAUUCUUGAUGAUAUAUUGAACAGUACAUCUGGUCAUAACAGGUGCUUGCACAGCCUGCUGUGCAGAUCCAGCGAGUACAGCAGCCUCAGACUCAGACAGUGCAGGUUAACCCAGUGAACACCACAACAGCCUCAAACACCAUCACCUUGCCAAUUGUUCAGGAUGCAGGCCAGACCCAUGAUAAUAAUGUUGACCAGUCGUCUGGCUCACAGGCCAACAACUUGCAGUCAGUUGGAACAGUCGUGGUCCCCAUAGCAACCAAUCAAGAUGGGAGUGUCUCCCUUGGAAAUGCCAUCCCUUCUUCCAUGAUGCUGACAUCUUCCCAAGCAAGCCAAAUCCCAGUCAUGUACAGUGUGUAUGCAUCACCUAACUCUGGGCUGGUGACUGUGUCUAACCUCUCAGAGAGUGGCACAGAACAAGGGUCAGGACACACCCAUCUGUCUGGAGAGGCAAGUGAUAUAACACAGCAGGCUCUUCCUGGGUCUCUGUCCUUGGCUGCAGUUCAGGUGCACCAGGAUAUAAACUCUGGUGUGCAUGCUUAUGCAACACAAGCUGUUGUCACAGAGAGCAGUGGCACUCAAACUGCAGAUGAAAUGCAUACUAUGGUCAGUGAUCAUGGGAAUUUAACCGUGGGUACAGAGUCAGACACAGGGAUUGUGAAAAAUGAUAUGUCAGUGUCUGUCAAUUAAACUGCCUCUUUAUCCCUUUCAUGCUGAUGAUCUCAUUAGUAAUUCUCCUUACUAUCUGCUGUACAACUUUAAUGAUGUUCUGAGAAUUUGGUAUUGGAUCAAACAAUGAUCCCCCAAUUGAUUUUUUCUGUAUUCUCAUUAUUAGUGUGAUUGAUGUUGUUUUGAUAUUGUUAGGAGAAAUUCUGUCUUGAUCACUGGAAGUUAAAGGGUAAAGCACCCUUCCAAUUUCAGGCAAAGUUGCCAAUGUUGUGUUUAAAUUUAAGAUUUGUUGAAUUUAUUGGGAGAAAGCAUCAUUAUGUGUGUAUAGCAGAAACAGGAGACAGCCAUCUUGAUUUAUUUACCAUAAGAUAUAAUAUGGAACAUAUUAUAUUGUAUGGUAGUGCCUGUACAAGUGGAACAGAUCAUAAAUACUUGCAUGCGACCAUCAAAUUUCACUUGAUUAAAAAUGGAAGAAGCAAGAAAAUUCUUACAAAAAAAUAGCUGUUGUUUGUUUUUAUUUCUUGUAUAAUUUAUUAGAAUUUGCUUCCCAUUUUUUUAAACAAGUUGAAGUUUACCCAAUAUUUUCAACUAUUUUACAGUUAUUUGCUCAAGUGAUGGAGUAUCCUUAAUUUGUUGCAUAUGGUUUUGUAAGGACAAUUAAUUAUUUUUGAAAACCCUCACGUUUGAAUGUUUGGUAAUGAGUACACGAAAAUGAAAUAUCUGUCGAUGGUUAUUUUGCUGUAUUGCAUUUUUGUGAUCCUUCAAGUUCCUAAUGACACAACAAAAAUAUCAGUAUUGCACUUGAAAUUUGAUCCUUAAAAAAAAACUCAAAGAAAUGGAACUGAACAUGAAACAAUUUCAGUAGAUCAGCUGAUGCAAGGUUAAGUAAGGCUUAUGAUAUCCCCAAGACAUAAAAAAAUGUUGCAAUGUAUCAAAGUAUAGGUGGCUACUGGUGGAUAUUUACUGAGCUGCAAAGCGAUGAGACAAAUAUCCACAGCUAGCUACCAACACUGAGUUGAACUGUUGUUUUAGUGUAAACUUCAACAGUGAGAUAAUAUAGCACAAGAAUACAAUUUUAACUCAUUUAUUCCUGCAAUUAUUACAAUGUUUUCUGGCUAAAAUCCUGCAUGUGUGGCUGGGAGGUGAAUAGCAGAGUAUAUUGGGAAUUUGAGUUGCUAAUCAGCGAGUGUGCCUUCAACACUAUUAUCUUUUGUAGUAUAUACUAAUCAUUAUUAACUAUUUCCCAAAAUACUGACAGUAAAUGUUUGAUUUGUAUUCAAAGAAAACUCUUCAAAGAGUAGCAACUUAUAACUGACUCAUAAUUCAAUCAGCCUUUUCUCUUGACUUUAGGCUACAUUGAAUGAUGUUCUAUUGACAGGUUACACUUAUGAUAUAAAAUGAUAUACAGUCCAGUUCAAAUAGAGACAAUUAAGAUUUUGUACAAUCAUAUACUAGUUGUAAACAGUCUUAACUGUUAAUGAUGUAAAUAUUUAUAAAUAGCUUGUACAUUUUCAUCUGAUGGUCAUUAAGGAGCAUGAAAAAAAACACAAAGGUAUUAUAUAUCCUAAGAGACAUUUGCUAUGAUUUUUUACAUAGGUAACUUUUUUCUUAAUAUAGCUUUGAAUAUAAAAUGAAAACAUAUUUACACUUGUCUCUUCUGAUGACUAUUUUUUGUUAGAAAGAUACUUAAUAUAAAAAGUGAGAAAUAAUGGGCCGGUUAUUUAAACAAAGUUUAGCCGUCGUUUAACAAAACCACGUUCUAAGCCAUCUUCAAUUUGGCUGAACCUUUUAUCUAAGAAUCAAUUUUUUGUAAACAGUGUCAACAGGCCGAAACCUAAAAGUAGACGGACAUCUAUUUAAACGAAAUCAACCCUCUUAUGGAGAAUCACCAAGGCCCACUGCUUGUGUAAAACCACGGUUUGGGUUAGAUCUCGUUUAAAUAAGCGGCCCAAUGUCUUUACUGCUGGAAUGUGAACCCUUUACACCCCAACAUCAGUAUGCACACUCUUCAUGCUAUUCUCUUUAAUUUUCCUGAGGUGCUGAC